AUGAUUCGACUUUCCGCGGCCAGAAAACACUUCGGCUCCAAGAGCUUAUUCGAAGGUCUCGACUGGCUUAUCACGCCGACGGAUCGCAUUGGACUGGUGGGCGGGAACGGGACAGGUAAGACAACGCUGCUGAAGAUCCUGGGGGGGAUGGAGCCCCUCGAGGGCGGUCUGUUUUCUGCGCCGAAAGAUAUUACUGCCGGAUACCUUCCUCAGGAUGGCCUGUCACUGUCCGGGCGCACAGUUAUGGAAGAAUGCCUCUCUGUUUUUGGCGAUCUGCUCGAACUCGAGGAAGAAAUGGAAGCCCUGACUCACCAGAUGGCGGAAGUUGAUCCGCGCAGCGAUGAGUACCACCGGAUCACGGAUCGUUAUCACCGGAUCGAGACCGAAUUUCAGGGACGGGACGGCUACUCAUUGGAGGCGCAGGCCAGCACGGUGCUGAAUGGCCUGGGCUUUGCGCCCGCAGAUUCAAACCGUCCGACGGAGGAACUCUCCGGCGGCUGGCAAAUGCGCUUGGCGCUGGCCAAGCUCUUGCUGAUCAAGCCCAAGCUCUUAUUGCUGGACGAGCCGACGAAUCACCUCGAUCUUGAGGCCCGCAACUGGUUGGAACAGUAUCUGAAUGAGUAUUCGCACGCCUUCGUCCUGGUCUCCCACGACCGUUACUUUCUGGAUGCCACGGUGAAUAAGAUUCUCGAGCUGUGGAAUGGUCGCGCCUACUUUUACAGCGGGAACUACGAACGCUAUCUGGCCCAGAAAUCCGAGCGCCAAGCGCAACUUCAGGCGGCCUAUCGCAACCAGCGGGAAAAGAUUAAACACCUCGAACUCUUCAUCAAUCGCUUCCGCUACCAAGCCACGAAGGCAAAGCAGGUACAGAGCCGAAUCAAGGAACUCGAGAAGAUUGAACGGAUCGAAUUACCUGCCCAGGAAAAGACCAUCCACUUCGCGUUUCCUCAGCCACCCAAGAGCGGACGCAUGGUGGCCGAGUUUCGCGGGGUCGCCAAGAGUUAUGCAAGCAAACAAGUAUUCCAAGGCAUGAGCUUCGUCAUCAGCCGCGGGGAUCGCAUAGGCCUGGUGGGGGUGAAUGGAGCGGGGAAAUCCACACUGAUCAAGAUACUGGCUGGAAGCGAGCCGGCAACGGCAGGUGAAUUCGGCUGGGACACAACGUGGAAGUCGACCAUUUCGCACAGGACCAGUAUAAGGCGCUCGACCCUGGCGCCCGCCUGA